GACUCUGCCUUUUAAUGAAUUUGUGAAAAGGGCUUCUGAAAGAAAACACUCUGACUUCUUCUUGUGUGAGGACGAGAGCUACUAUCUUCGAUCACUGGGAGAGGACGUACGAAAGGAACCUGCUGAUCUGAGCAAACAGUUCCCAGACCUGGCCGAGGAGUUUCACAUCCCACAGUUCUUUGCAGCGGAUCAGUUUUUCUCCAGUGUCUUCCGUAUCAGCUCCUGUGGUCUGCAGCUGUGGACGCACUACGACGUGAUGGAUAACCUGCUGGCUCAGGUGACGGGGAUGAAGCGUGUGGUUCUCUACAGCCCCCAGGAUGCAUUGCACCUCUACCUGUCAGGUGAUAAAUCGGAGGUUCUGGACAUCGACUCCCCGGAUCUGAAACGGUUUCCUGAGUUUGUGAAGGCGAAGAGAUACGAGUGUGUGCUGGAGCCCGGAGAUCUGCUUUUUAUCCCUGCCCUGUGGUUCCACAACACCCUGGCGCUGCAGUUUGGUGUGGGUGUAAACGUGUUCUGGCGCCACCUACCUGUGGACAGCUACGACAAAAAGGACCCGUACGGUAAUAAAGACCCCGUGGCUGCGACUCGAGCCCUGCAGGCGCUGGAGAGAGCCCUGCACACUCUGGAUGAACUCCCGGCAGAUUAUCGGGACUUUUAUGGCCGCCGUAUGAUACAGCGCAUCCAAAAGCGGACAUACAGUGACAGUCUGACGAGAACAGCUUCACGCGAGGACCCUGACGGCACAUUACCCAGCAGUCAGCUCACCAAACCUGGAUAAGUGUCCAGAGGAAUGUGGAGUAACCAAUAAAAACAGCCCUGUUGCACUAAUGCGAUGCUGUUAAAUGUGAUUGUAACAGAGUGUGUGGAAGGAUGAACUGGAGGAUUAACCUUAAUGUCUUAGAAGAUGGCAAAUAUACAGUUGUUUACUUCUGAGAAAACUCCAGGGAUGCAAGUUUCCUAAAAAAACUGCAAACUAGUUCUUAUUUUGGAUAAUAAAAUGCAUUGCAAAUAACA